AUGGCCGACCUCGAGCCUCAGGCUCCCCCAUUACAGCCCCCACUGCAGAGCACGGCCUCGCCUAGAGAACGGGAACCCGACGCUGCGGACUUGGAGAAAUACCGGAAAUGGUGGGAGGAACGCAAGCUCAGGAAGCUGCGUGGCCAGUAUGAGUCGGCGCUCGUCCAGCUCUCUGAAUUGGUCAAUGAAAACCUUACGACGCCUCUGCACGUUGCCUCAGUACGCGUUCGUGGGGCUCCCCGGACGCGCGAGUCCUUCCUGGCAUCCAUCAUCGAUCCGGUCUUGCGGGCUCCGGACGAGAACGGCGCAACACUCGAAUCUGUCUUGCGCAAGACGAAGGAGAUCAAGAGCUUGCUCGAGGAGACGGACCUUUUCACACAAGUCGAGGCUGUCAUCGACCGGAGUCGCGACACGCUCGCGCACCCGGAAGACGUGGACGUCGUGUUCUUGGCAAAGGAGAGAGGGCGCUACUUCUUGAACACCAGCACGCAAGUCGGGAACAAUGAGGGCGGAGCCAGUGCGACCGCUCGCGUCCGGAACGCGUUCGGUGGUGCGGAGACGUUCGAGGCUAACGUCGCAUUCGCGACGAAGACGCGCAUGUCGUUUAACUCGUCUCUAUCGGCACCAUUAACGUCGAAUCUAAAGACUCGGGGCGAGCUCUCGGUCUUCGGGAUGGAGCGGGACAACUCCAGCUUCGCGAGCAGCUCCGAAGGUGUGCGCGGCCUACGAGCAGUCCUUAGGAAUGGUGUAUUUAGCCACGGCGCGCACGAAGUCGGCUAUGAGGCCGUUCUGAGGCAUAUCAGCAACCUCACGCCAUCGGCGUCGAUUAGCAUGCGGGAGGCGGCGGGUCAGUCUAUCAAAUCUUCCCUAUUCCACUCCUGGACGCGUGACACUCGGGACGACCGACUGCUCGGCACUCGUGGCUCGUACGCCAAGCUCUUCCAGGAAUUCGCCGGGCUCGGUGGUGACGCUUCCUUCUACAAAGGAGAGGCACAUGGCCAAUUUGCACGGUCGUUAUUCCCAGGCUUGACUGUCUCGUUCGCUGCACGGACAGGGCUGCUAUGGAACCUCGGUGCGAAGUCGUACUUUUCCGACCGGUUCCAGCUCGGUGGGCCCGUCAGCGUACGCAUGUUCAGGAUGAACGGCAUGGGACCUCACGACGGUGUUGACUCGUUAGGUGGUAGCCUAUACUGGUCGACGGGUGUGAGCCUCAUCUCUGACAUCCCUCGUAAACCACAUUGGCCCGUAAAAACCCACCUGUUCCUGAACGCCGGCCGUCUCGACAACGUCGACAAAUCGCGUCCGCUAAUGGACAACGUGAUCGCGAGCAUAACUCAGCCGUCUAUCUCUGCCGGAGUCGGCCUCGUAUACAAGCUCGAUCCGGUCAGAGUCGAGCUGAACUUCGGGGUGCCUAUCGUCGCGAGCAAGAGCGACGGCGCCCGCAAGGGCUUCCAGGUCGGAAUUGGGGUGGACUUUUUGUGAAUCGUGGUACGCCUGCUUGAAUAUACUUACUAAUAAUCUUCACCUCGGACCGGGUGCCCUAUACUAGUACGAGGGACGAGGGGUACAUUCCCCUUGGCUCGCCUUAGCUUCGCGGUGCUAUCGUACUCGAUGUCGGAAAUAGCAUCUGGUCGGGUGCGCUCUCUCCAUGGGCUUCUUC